GAGGACACACCCUGUGGUCUGUCUGUCCGUAGGACACCCAGGUCUCCUCCAUCGUCACAGCCUGGACAGCAGGGAGGAGACGCCAUGGCCCCCACGCUCCCCGCCCUGCUCUGCCUUGGGCUGAGUGUGGGCCUGAGGACCCAGGUGCAGGCCGGGACCCUCCCCAAACCCAGCAUCUGGGCUGAGCCAGGCUCUGUGGUCCCCUGGGGGAGCACCGUGACCAUCUGGUGUCAGGGGCCCCCAGGGGCCCAGGAGUUCCGUCUGCAUAAAGAGGGAAACCCCGUUUUCUGGGACAGACAGAUACCCCCGGGUCCCGGGGACAAGGCCAGGUUCUCCAUCCAAUACAUGGGGCAGGACAAUGCAGGGAGCUAUGACUGCUACUACAGAACCCCCGCUGGCUGGUCAGAGCGCAGCGACCCCCUGCAGCUGGUGGUGACACAACGCUACGUCAAACCCAGCCUCUCAGCCCUGCCGAGCCCUGUGGUGACCUCAGGAGGGAGCGUGACCCUCCAGUGUGCCUCCUAUCAGGGAUUUAACAGAUUUCUUCUGACCAAGGAAGGAGAAGACAAGUCCCCUCGGACCCUGGAUGGACAGCGAACCCCCAACGGGUGGAUCCAGGCCCUGUUCCCUGUGGGCCCCGUGACCCCCGGGCACAGGUGGACGUUCAGAUGCUACGGCUCUAACAGGGAUACCCCCUGGGUGUGGUCGGCCCCCAGCGACCCCCUGGAGCUCCUGGUCUCAGGGCUGUCUGGGAAGCCCUCCCUCCUGACCCUGCAGGGCCCUGUCGUCCCAUCUGGACAGAACGUGACCCUCCAGUGUCGCUCUGACGUCGGCUACACCAGAUUCGCUCUGUCCAAGGAGCGGGGACAGGACCUUCCCCAGCGCCCUGCCCGGACGCCCCAGGUGGGGCUCGCUCAGGCCGACUUCCCCCUGGGCCCGGUGGGCACAGUCCACAGGGGCCAGUACAGAUGCUACGGUGGACACGGCCUCUCUUCCGAGUGGUCAGCCCCCAGCGACCCCCUGCACCUGCUGGUGGCAGGAGAGGAGCCAGCGGGAUGGCUCAGAGACAGACCUUCCCUCUCGGUGCAGCCAGGCCCCUCGGUGGCCCCGGGGGAGACCGUCAUCCUGCUGUGUCAGUCAGGAAACAGGACGGACACUUUCCUUCUGUCCAAGGAGGGGGCAGCCCAUCGCCCCCUGCGUCUGCGCUCCCAGGACCAAGACGGGUGGUACCAGGCCGAGUUCUCCUUGAGCCCUGUGACCUCAGCCCACGGGGGCACCUACAGGUGCUACCGCUCACUCAGCACAGACCCCUACCUGCUGUCACAGCCCAGUGAGCCCCUGGUGCUCGUGGUCUCAGGCCUCACGUGGUACCUGAGUGUCCUCAUCGGGGUCUCGGUGACCUUUGUCCUGCUGCUCCUCGUCCUCCUUUUUCUCUUCCUCCGCCACCGGGGUCAGGACAGAUGCAGGAAGUCGUGGGCGGCAGACCCAGGGCCCGAGGACAGGGGCCCGCAGAGCAGCUCCAGCCCAGCCACAGACAUCCAGGACCAGGCCAUCUAUGCUGCCGUGAGCGACGCACACUCUGAGGUGGGGCUGCAGUUGGACCAUCGGGCUGCCACAUCUGAAGCCCCCCAGGACGUGACCUACGCCCAGCUGAACCACUCGACCGUCAGAAAGGGGACGGCUGCACCCCCGGCACCCCCGUCAGGGGAGCCCCCAGCAGAGCCCAAAACAGCAUCUUGGACCCCCGGUGGCCCAGCAGUUAAGAGUCUGCCAGCCAAUGCACGGGACAUGGGUCUGAUCCAUUUGCUGCCGGACAGCUGAGCCUGGGGUGCUGCAGCUGCCGAAGCCCUGGUGCCCAGAGCCGGUGUUCCUCGAGAGGAGCCAGUGCGUGAGCAGGCCGUGCACAGCCAGGCACCACCCUCCACUCGCUGCAACCAGAGAGAGCCCACGCGCAGCAGGGAAGACCUAGCACAGCCACAAAUAAACAGAUUACUAAAAAACUGAAAGGCAUGUUUCAGUUUCCUUAAAAAAGAUAAUUAAUAUCCUCAUAUUUUAUAAAGAAGGCAACAGACUCUCAAUUAUCAGUGAUUUUGAAAAAGAUCAGCACAGGACUCCAAACGAAGGGAGGAACAGGGAAACAACAAUGACAAGGGUAGCGACCACUGAGGACAAACAAGGAGAGGAUAAUCAGAAAAGCCAGAAAGCUUCGUCCCUGAGAGCGUGGAUCACACUCACACAUGCUAGGCACAAGGACCAAGUCAGAAAGAGAGAAGGUGUUGCUUUACCGCCAUCAGGACACGACAGCAGGUCCUUCAGACUUUAGAAAGAUAAAACUUCAUCGAAGGACAGUUCUAUGCUAUUAUAGUAGAAAAUGUAGAUGACACAGACCAAAAGCCUCAAAAAUAAAAUUUAUCAAAAUUAUGGACAUAAGGAUAAACAGAAAAUCUGAAUUGUCCUAUAUGUUAAAGUGAACUCUAAAUCCAGAGAGUUUCACAGGUGAAUGCAUCUGAACACGUGGGCACUCAUGAAACACACACACUCGUACACACACCUACCAAGCUUACACCAGCUUACGCUGAGAGGGGAGAAGGAAGGAAGGGCACACUCCACAAAACAUUUCACUGUGCCAGAAAAACCUGAGACCAAACGGUGACAUGGAAACUACAAAAUGGGAAAAUCUCAGGAAGCUCUUUUUUCCUGGUUUCUGUUUUCCUAAACAAAAAUUUACAAAGAGGAUUCA